AUGGCUAUCACCCCAGGCGCUUUCCCAGACAAUGUCUCCUCAGGGGUCAAGGUAUUUCUAGAGAAGUAUUUCCAGCUCUCCAAUGCCGCAUCUUCACACAAUGAUCAUGAAGCAAAUGAACAAGAGUUCGCGAAGCUGUUUUUGGAUGACGGUGUAUAUGAAUUUGCAGAAGAGCAAAACGUGGGGCGCGAAGCAAUCGUGUCUUUUCGCAGAAAGCUUUUUGCCAAUGUUCCACAUCGUGAACAUCCAGUCGUUAGGAUCUUCACCUUUGGAUCAGAUGAUAUGAACCUUAUGUGUUAUGGGACCGUUGGAUAUAAAUUAUCUAAUGAUGUAAUCAAUAUGCAAGAGUGGGCAGCACGAUACGAGAUAGUAAACACUGAAUCCGGUGACUUGCAGUUCAAAUAUGUCCGAAUCAUAAUCAGCCCCGCUCGAGGUUCUUAA